AUGGCCCAAAAUAGAGGAUAUCAAGCUCCGGCAUUUGGGUAUCGUGGCACUGGUGGAAGACAGAGGCAAUCACUGCAACCGGAUGAUGAAGUAGCUUUGGAAGCUGGCUAUAUCAGUAACAGAUCUAAUCUCAGUGCAACCUCUGAAAGAAGCAAUGCUGGUGAUCGCAGACCCUCUUAUACUGCUAAUCAUCAAAUGGCGAAUGAAAGUUAUAUCAGUAACAGAUCAGGUGGUGCUGGUGCUGCUUCUAUACGAUCUGGGGUCCGUAUCCAUACCAAUGAACAUGAGGUGGUGGCCCCUCUUCAUGACCCUACUGGAAAGCCUCUUCGUAGACAUGGUACUGAAACCAUUGGUGAUGUCCUUUUGCAUCCCUUGAAGGAAUUUCAGCUUCAUCAAAAACGUACUGAGGCUUACGAAGCCGAAAAAACUGAUUGGAAUGAGCACCAUCCAGAGUCUAUUGCAUCUGUCAAGGAUGUCAAUAACAUGACAGACGAGCCAAUUGUCGAGGAUGUUAGAGUCAGAUUAACAAUGCAUUUUCGUCAUUUGGUGGGUGAUCAAGACUUUAAAUUUAAUGAUGAUCAGAUUGCGACACUGGAGAAACCUUUGCAACUCACGCCCGCAGAGAAGGAAGAGUUCGCACGCUUCAAAGAUACGGAUGAUUUUAUUGAUUUUUUGGAGAGAACUCAUAGAGAUUUCUCAGUCAAAGUACAUAAAACUGUCAAAAUGAGAGCCCAAUUAGCUUCGGCAAAAAGCGACCUAUUCAGUGAUUCCUCAAAAAGUUCGUUUGAUUUAGGUGAAAAGUCAAACACAUUUUCGUCUGACAAAACCACCAACACUAGCAGCACUGAAAAGCCAGUGAACGAAAAGCCAGUGAGCGAAAAGCAUGGCUCAGGCGCCUUCAAAAAGUCGGAUUCUGGCAACUUUUCUGAGGCUCCUAAAACGCAUCCUCACACUAAUCAUUCGCCUACGGAUUUGCUGUUAGAUUUGAAUGAUAACGUCUAUGUACAGGUCCAAUUCAUUCCUAUCGUUCAUCAUGUUCAUCAUAACAAGAGAAGAGCCAUUUUUGCGGUUCCUGAUCCGGAUUUAUCUGACGAAAUUGGCGAAGAAACCUCGGCUACUUGGGUGGAACUGUUAGGUGAUGUGUUUUAUGUCGGCUGGCUCAGUCAGUUCACACAUUCCGUGCAUAUCAACAGUAUCGCAACUCUCAACACAUACGCUGCAUGGUUUGUUGUGAUGUGGUGGACAUGGUGUUCCAGUGCCUUGUACUCGUCUCGCUACGACAGACAAGACGUUGCUCAUCAUAUUUAUAAGAUUAUUGAACUCUGUGGCCUAAUCCUUAUGGCUGGUUCCAGUGACAAACUCAAAUUUGAAGCAGAACCCAAAUGGUUCAUCAUUGGCUAUAUCAUCAUGAAAGCUGUUGUAUUGUUUGAAUAUGCUGUCAUCUUCAUUGUCUCUCUUGGUGCUCAUUUCAAAUCAUCUCGCAGACCUUUGGGUGCUUAUGUUGCUGCCAGCGCCAUCUCCAUUGCUAUGUGGGGAGUGUCCUUACUAUACCAAUCCCAGGCAGAUAUGACUAAAAGAUAUGCUCUUUGGUACAUUAGUAUAGGUAUGGAAAUCAUCGUUCACGUCUACUUGCAAGGCAACAGUCGUGUAUCAUUAGCUGCUAGUCAUCUAGGUGAGCGCUUUGGUCUUUUCACGCUUAUCAUUCUCGGUGAAAACUGCAUGGGAUUCAUCAAGAUGGUUGCUGAAUCAAACUUUACAUCAAGUGUUAUCGCUUGUAAUGUGUUUGGUGUCACUAUUAUUUUUUGCUACUUCUUCAUGUACUUUGACGAUUUCAGCGGCGAGAUGAUGAGUGAAACCAAACUUAGUCAACUGUGGAUGUAUCUCCAUUUUCCUCUUCAUCUAUUUCAAGUAGCUUUUGGUAUCGCAUUGACUGAAAUUAUCACAUCUCAUAACAAUGGUAUUGAUACCGACGCUGCUUUCCAAGAGACCCUCCAAAAGUGUGCUACAACAGAGCAUGCGGCUGCUGCUUCUAGUGCAACUAAUAGUAGCACCGUGGAAAGCGCACAUUAUACGGUGCUGUCACUGGCUGCGGAAUUUGCCCCAGCUGAAGGAUCUGGGCAUAGUAGUGGCUGUGAUGAUCCAUUGUUCUCUAUCAAGAUUUUUUGGAUCACUGCUGGUUUGAUCCUUUGCUUCAAUGCAUUCAUCAAACUCAUUAAUACACCGGUGAAUAGAGGCAGCUGGAAGUCCUAUGUCAUUUGCAUCUCUCGUAUUUUGAAUGCUGUCGUGUUUUUUGCGCUUUCAACUAUUACAUUUGCCAACUUGAAUGGUUUAGGAAUGGUUUCGGUCAUGAUGGCAUGUCUUUUGUUCCAAUCUGGCGUCGAUUUGUUGGAUUAG